CGUUCACAAUGGCCUGGAAUGUCGCUGUUAGUCCGAACAUUUAGGCGGAACUCUAAAACCGAACUGUUUUUUUUCUGUUUUUUGUUACAGAUUUUGUCUUGGCAAUAGCACGUCCCAUUUGUGGCUAGCUGGAAUAAGUAGGCUACCUGCAACUAGCCAGCGAACUCAUUUCGAAAGUAAAUGUAAGAUUAGUUGCAGUUGCUACGUGAUCCGUUAUGAUAUUGUAGCCGACCAAUGUUUGUUAAAUAGAGUUAUUUUUGACAAAGCAAAGCGGUAUCGGGUACGCAUCUUUUCAAGGCGACUUAGCUGCCACUGGGUUUGAACAGUUCCGCAUUUUUUCAGGCCCGAGCAACUGAAGACACCUCAGUGCUUCAAGAUGUCAUACCAGCCUGGAAUGCCGCAAGACCCGGAUAAACUUGCACAGACCAUUAUCUCGAACAUUCAAAGGAUAACACAGCAGACUUCUGAGCUUCAGCGGAUGGUAAGCCAGCUGGGAACCCCUCUGGACACCAGUGAAUUCAGACAGCAACUGAAACAGAAGCAGCAACAUGUUGGUCAGCUUGCCAAAGACACAGACAAGUAUAUGAAGGAAUUUGGCUCGCUGGCAGUGACAUCAGAGCAGCGCCAUAGAAAGAUACAGAAGGAACGGCUCGUUAAUGACUUCACAAAUGCAUUGGGCAUUUUCCAAAAAACUCAGCGACUGGCCGCUGAGAAAGAGAAGGAGUUUGUCGACAGAGUCCGAGCUAACUCCAGACUAUCGCAGACUGGUCUCCCAGAUGAUGAUGGAAAGGCCUCACCCUUUGAAAGCGAGGGCCAGUCUCAGAUCCAAAGCCAAGAAGAGGCCAUCACAGAAGAUGAUCUUCAGCUCAUCCUCGAGAGAGAAUCCUCGAUCAGGCAAAUAGAGUCUGAUAUUAGGGAUGUUAAUGAAAUUUUCAAAGACUUGGCUAUGAUGGUUCAUGAACAAGGAGAUAUGAUUGAUAGCAUAGAGGCAAAUGUGGAAAAUGCUGACACCAGUGUACAGUCUGCGACCCAGCAGUUAGCAAGAGCUGCAGAGUAUCAGCGUAAAUCCCGGAAGAAGAUCUGCAUUCUCAUUGUGAUUUUGGUGGUAGUGAUAGUUGUAGUUGGAUUAAUUAUCUGGGGAGCAGUGAAAAGCUAAAGCCCUCCCCCAAUAUAAAAAUUCAACACUAGAAAGAACUUUUUUUUUUUUCCAAAUUUAUGAUUUCUGGUCAUUUAUUGGUCAGUCGAAUCAGCAUUUACAAAGAUUUUCCAAAUAACUUUGCUUUAUUCAGAAUUUUGAUUACAAAAUAUAAUGGCAUAUUCAUGCUCCUGUAGAUUUUAAAACUAAGGACAGUGUACAGAUGACACAGUUGUAAAUAUAUAGUCAGUCUCCAUAGGCACAGUGCAUUGCAGAUAAAAGGGAAUGAGCUUUUUCUGCCAAACGCUAAGCACAGUUCCAUUUUGCUGGGAUGUCAUUCACUCUUGUGUCCAUAUGUUUAUUUUUUUUAAUUCGUAAUUUAUCAUAUAAAACAUGGACAUUUAUGCUUAUGCGUUUCAAGUUACUGUCAGGUGGCAGGUUCGGUGUUUGGAAAAAUAGAAAAAUUGAUCGUUAAAAUCGUCCUCGUUACACUUCCAGCCGUAGCAUCCUCUGCACUUGCACACUAGCGCCGAAGCAAAUCAAAUACAGUCCAUUUCACACUGCAGUCACACAGUACACUGAAGGGAACUGGGUGCUUAUUGGAGGAUAGGUGCUACACUGCAAGGUGUAGAUACCUGAUGAAUCACAAGGUACCUGAGAGCAGUGAGACAAGGGGACCAUGACCCACCAAGUCUCCCCUAAGCCAAUUUGUUCUGCUGUUGUGGGUUCCCAGUCAUUGUUGGCUCAACUCAGGGCAUAGAGCUCCGCUUGCACUCAAGGUGAGCACUUUAACUGCUGAGCUCCGGAGCACUACCAUGUAUCACAUAUUCAUAUGCCAAUAUCACACAUGGAGUUUAUAGCUUAAUCAUCUCUUCACAAAUGUGUUCAUUUACUGAACGGUGCCAGUUAACCUGACUUCCGUGCUGUAAAGUUAUUCCCAUGGCCCCAAUCUUGUAUAGUGUAAUUGAAUGUAAACCAAAGGAUCUUGUUUUUGCAGUUACACAUGCUUUGCUCUGUUCUCAAUGAAAAUUGACCACCAUGUUUUCAUAUAGUCUUUACUCAGUAAUCUUAUGCAAUGUAACACUGUUUUAAUGAGAGAGGGAAGGGAAAUUUUAGUUUCUUACUUUUUCACUUAAAGCAUUCCAUUUUUAUUAAUAAACAGUACAUAUUAUGCAUUAUGGGAAACCAAAAAUAUAAUCAUAUC